AUGGUGGUGCGCACAAAGGGAGCGCGGUGCCGGAAUCGCGCCAUCUUCAUUCGCAAGUUUCCCAAACAAAAGGGGGACAUGGCCGCCGCCUCCAACCCGACCUCUCAAGAAGGGGCCGCUACUAGUACUUCUUCUCAGCAGCAGCAGCCAAACCUGGACGCCAUCACCGACGACGAUUUUGAAUACGUCGACGAGGAGUUUGUCUCCAAUUAUACCCCAGAAGAAGCAGUUCAACCACAGCCCACCGAACCCAUGAUUCCCGACCUGUUCAAGCAGCCUCCCCUGGUGAAGGAUGACCUCAUCACCGACACCUCCAAGCUCCAGGACCAGACGGUCGAACACUGUCUACCCUUCCUGGCCGGCCAGGAUGGGCCCCUCGAGCUGAAUGACUAUGGCCUCCCCAGGCUGAACAGGGAGAAGCAUAUCAAGUUCCUGAAGCAGUCCCUUGGGCCGUUACCAGGUCGCUUUGUGGGAAUGGAUGCUAGUAGGCCAUGGUUCCUGUACUGGUGCCUGUCUGGUCUCACCAUGAUGGGGGAGGAUGUGUCCAGUUACCGGGAGAGCGUCAUUGCGACUGCUCGCACCAUGCAGAAUGAGUCUGGAGGGUUCGGGGGAGGUCAUGGACAGCUUUCGCAUCUGGCUACUACCUAUUCCGUUAUCUUGGCUAUCGCCCUGGUUGGAGGUGAGGAGGCUUAUAAUGUUAUCGAUAGGAAGGGCAUGUGGAAAUGGCUUUGCACGUUGAAGCAGCCUGAUGGUGGCUUUCAGGUGUGUGUAGGAGGUGAGGAGGAUAUCAGGGGGGCAUAUAUCGCGGCUGUUGUCAUCACCCUGCUCGAUCUACCUCUGGACUUGACACCAGAAUCUCCUGCAUAUGACGGUGGUCGUUCCAACCUGUUGACCGGCAUGGCGGAAUAUGUGCGUAGCUGCCAAACCUUUGAGGGCGGGAUUUCUAGUCAACCCAACAACGAGGCACAUGGCGCGUAUGCCUUUUGCGCUCUUGCCUGUCUCGCCCUCCUAGACAACCCUCGCCGGAUCAUCCCAAGACACACAGACACACAGACAAGCAGACAGCUAACAGCCCUCUCCUCCCCACUCACCAGCUACCUAGACAUUCCCCGCCUCGUCUCCUGGCUGUCUUACCGGCAAUACGCUCCCGAAGGCGGGUUCUCGGGACGCACCAACAAGCUGGUUGACGGCUGCUACAGCCACUGGGUGGGCGGAUGUUUCCCUCUUAUUGAGGCAUGUCUCAGUCCCUCCGGCUCCGGUUCCGAGAAGGAGAACAACAAGACAGCCACCAGUGGUCUUGCGGCGGCGCCGGAGAGCCUGUACAACAGGGAGGGCCUUAUUCGGUAUAUCCUCUCUUGUUGCCAGGACCAGACGAAGCGGGGUGGGUUGAGGGAUAAGCCAUAUAAAAUGUCAGACGCCUACCACACCAAUUACGUCCUCUCCGGCCUCUCCUCCGCCCAACACCAAUGGGACCUAGACAGCGACCCUCUCCCUCUUCCCGAGGGCGAGACCACGCCCACCAUGGCCGCGUUAGGCGCCGACUCCAUCUGGAAUGUGUUUCCUUUCAUCGACGACAACGACCAGGUCUACGAAGACUCGGACCGCGUCCGGCCUAUCCACCCGGCUUAUGCGAUUCCGCAGAAGAACGUGGCGGGCAUUAGGGCGUAUUUUCAGGGGAGGAGUGGGUUUGCUUAG